CAGCUAUUUCGUUACUCAGGUGUAGUUCUACAAAUGAAAUAAUACCACGCAACAUUACGAGCUCUGUCCCAAUGGUAGAAAAACAACAAAUCCUACUAUAAACAGUUAACAAAACUAGAACUGUGACAAUCUUUACGAUAAGGUAUUUUUAAUGGAAACGGUCCACAAGGAUUUCUCAGGACUUUUCUAAAAAAAAUGGAAACAAGCCACUGUGUUUUCUUUUUCGCUUAUGACUAAAGUUUUCAAAGCUUUGUGGACGAUUCACCCUCACUGAGUUCGAUUGGAGGCAUCACGACCCUCAAACCUGAACAAGAAUAUCAGCAUGAUUAUAAACCACCAGAGCUGCUGUUGGACGGUGUGUGGACCCCAGUGGCGAAGCUGGGAGUGUCAGCAGGCGCUGACUGGUUUCCCCUCCUCUCCAAACCAUCCCAUUCAUUAAAGGAAGUUCACAGCCUGGGGACAUACUCACUGAGGGAGCCAGCUGCUUCGCCAACCGCCUCGUCCUCCAUGAAAGCCCUCCACAGAGAACAACCGGACGAACACAACUGAAACCUUCAAUGGAGAACAGCCCCAACCGUGAGGCAGAGGACAGCUCGUACCUGUGUUUUCAGAGAACUCCUUCUCUCAGACGCAAAUGGAGGAAACGUUACGGCGGUCUGGACGGCAACAAGCUGCUGGAGCCCCAUAAAGACCCAGACAUGAAAGCGGAGGACGGAGGGAUGACAGACGAGAGCCAGCGGAGGAGCCCUGAGAACCAGAAACCAGAGACCAGAGACCUGAGAGGGGCCUGUCAGAGUGAAGGAAUCACUUUCAUACAGCACUUGUGUACAAGCAGCUCCCCGCUCAGCACCCAGGAGCCUGAUCCAGAACCAGGUCCAGACUCCGGUCAAGAGUCCAGUCCAGAAGCCCAUCAGCCUAGUCAGUCCUGGACCAGCAGUGGUCCCAGUGUUGGUCAGCAAUGGCUGCCUGAAGCCCCCUCUCCCUCAGGCGGUGGUCCAGCCGGAGGACCGAGGUUACCCCCCCUCCCAGGCCUGGUUCUACCCCCAGCAGAGUCCGUCCAAACGCAGAGCCUGGCGGGGAGGCUGUGUGCAGAGGAAGAGGAGAAGUACGACUCGGUGCUGAACGUCGUCUGGAGACUCUGCAACAAAGAGCACGUCAACUUAAACUGCACCAGUUAUCAGAGCCGGAGGAAGGCCACCGUCAGACUCCACGCUCUGUCCCUCUACCUGCAGGAGAAAAAGUGUUUUCCAGAGAAGGUGGACGUUAACGCUGCUUUGGAUCUAAUGCUGCAGUGCUCCUCAACAGAGGUCACCUGUGAGUCGGGAGCUGCCAUGGCCGCCUCCUUAGCCAACGGGGGGCUCUGUCCGCUGUCGGGCGACCAGGUGUUGUCGCCGGCGGCCACCCGGAGUAUGCUGUCUGUGAUGCAGGUGGCGGGGAUGAAGGACUACUCCACAGCUUUCCACUACAAGACGUCCGUACCGGCGGUGUCCAGCAGCCACGGCUCCCUGCUGGCUGUGGUUCCCGGGGUUUUGGGUCUGAUGGCGUUUUCUCCUGAGUUGGACGCCUGUGGAAACCCCUGGAGGGCCGUGCACUUCUGCCAGGAGCUGAUUUCAACGUUUCAGCUGCACAGUUUUGACAUCGGGACUCCGUUCAGGCAGAUUCUGGCCUACAGACAGUGGAAGGCAGAAUCUGAGGGAUACCAGAUCAUGAACGUCCUGCUGGCAGCUUUCAAAGGAGACGUCCAGUCCCUGAGGAGGUACUUCCUGUCUGGGGUGGACGUUAACGCCGUCGACUACGACGGCCGGUCGGCUCUGCACGUGGCGGCCGCCGAAGGGCACACAGAGGUCAUCUGCUUCCUGCUGGAGAAGGCCGGAGCGAACCCCGCCCUCAGGGACAGAUUCUCGCCCGACGAGUCCAUGCGACCGGUCCGACCGUCUGACUUUUUACCUGAACACGAGGUUGAGCCGUGUCAAAGGCUGAUGGGAGAAAUCUGGCACCGGUGCUGGUGUUGGUGUGUCAGGUGGGGGAGCUGUCCUCUGCAGGAGGCCCGGAGGCACAACGAGGACUCUGCGGUUCAGCUGCUGCUGGGGGCCAUCCGACCAAAUCCGCCCACAAACCUGACCUGGGACCUGGGAAGAAGCUGCUUUACAGAGGGGUCUCUGGGUAACUGAAUAAAACCAGAAACCUCCUCAGGUCUGGAGCACGGACAGACGUGAAAAAGAAGCGUCCUGAGUUUAGAUAAUGAUUCAAAUAAUCAUCUGGUUCAAAAAAAGUUUUGGCUCUUCUUGAUGACUGCAAAUUUAACAUUUUAGGGCUUUGGAAGUUUGUUGGACAAAAUAAGACAUUAGAAGACGUCACCUUGGACUCCAGGAUGUUGUGACGGCUGCUUUUCACCAUUUUCUGAUGUUUUAUUGAGCAAAUGAUUCACAGAUUAACCGUAAAAAAAAAAAAAAAAAUCAGCAGAUGAACUGAUAAUAAAAUCUGAUCAGAUAAAUAAACCAGCAAGCCUGCUUUUCAGAACAAGCUUCUUUGGUGAAUAAAACUCUAUGUUCCGGAUUUUUGGAGGCAAACUUUAAAAAAAAGAAUUACAAACGACACUUUAUCAGCGACGAACUGACGCAAAGAGUUAAUAACUGACGAGUUUCACUUUUGUCUCCGGUCUGAAAGCAGCUCGGUCUGACAGAAACCCACAUUUAGUCCACUUGCUGAUCCCAGUGGGCCAAACGCAUUGAGUGAAUAAUUAAUAUUCUGUCCACAUUCGCUUCCUUUCUCUGGAGGAGAAGCUGCGGAAUCUGCCGCGGUGGCUUUGAGAAAAGAAACUUUGUGACUCUCACACUGGUGAACUUCCUGGGAUGUUGGUUGAAAAUAAGUUGUCUGCCUCCAGGAAGAGCAGUCACCCCGAUGACAGCGGCUCCCGUUGGGGUUUUCACAUCGGGAGGUGCCUCCAGAGCAACGGUGGGAUCAUCUGUCAGGGUUUCACAUUUUGUGUCGGCAGUAAAACGGAAACACGCUGAAGCAGAAGGGGACAGUCUGAGCAGAAAGCAUCACUGAUAUUCCUCUUUCACUUAAAUUAUCAUGUAGAGUUUUGCAGCAGUUUUGUCUGAACGAAGGAAAUACUCAUCACAAAGUCUAAAAUGAGUGAUUCAUUAUGUUCAUCCCCGGUUCAAAAACUCUGAAUGUGAUACUGAGACUAGAUGAAGUACUAGAUGAAGUACUUCCACUAGAUGAAGUGCUUCAUGUAGUUCCACUAUCACAGUAAAAGUACUUCCUGUAGUUCCCGUAUCACAGUAACAGUACUUCCCGUAGUAACGGUAUCACAAUAAAA